AUAAUAUAUCUCAUCAGAACAAAAUCAACAAAAAGAUAAAGUUGUAUAUUUAUAUGAAAAUUUCCUGGGACAAGAGGAGUAAUAAGUGUGUGGAUACAUGCUUCAUAUGCUCCACUUGUGAGCGAUUAUGUUUACCAAUAAUUAAAUUAUCUUUGCUGAUUUUACCCAGGAAAAAAAAAAAUCUCCGCUAAGAAGGGAAACCCCCCCGGGGGGGUUACGAAGGAACUUAUUUGUGUUUCUGGAGGAAAUAUGUCUUAUUUUCUUGAAACUUUUGCUCUCACGGUUAUGAGGAUCAUGAAGGAAGCAUAAGGGUUUUCUUGCGUUUCCUUAUCCCUGUUCCUCCACAAUAUUUGGUCCAGGGCCCAGGACAGCAGCAGGUGACGACUGACGACAAUCUGAAGGCUUUUGAUCUUCGGUUGCUAUUUCUAUUUGGACCUCGUCAAGAAGGGACACUGUUUAAAGUUUCCCCUCUAGAUUUAACUUGUGCCUUUUCUGUGGAAUUACAAGUCUUGUCGCUACUAAUUUACUUAUUUUUUCCGAGUUAUGGCAACCUUCUAACACAGUUCAUUAGCUGCAAGUUUGUUAGUUGAUGAUGCGGCCAAACGCUUGAGCAUACUAUAUUAUUUGUCAUUCAAAGAUGUACUUUUUUUUUUAAUAUGAAGGAAGAGUCAUGACUCAUGCGGUUGACUUUAUGGUUUUAUGUAUUCGCAGCUUGUUCUAUCUGUUGAGGUAGGUAGCUUUCCGACUGACUUCAUGUUAUGAUUUUGGUAUAUAUGAUUCAACUGCUUCCUAUGACCAUCCCUACUUCUUGAUUUAGAAAUAUGCAAUUUUCCCGUGGUUAUUGACUUUUAUAAUCUUAUUGUUUACGGGCUUCUCUUCACGAAUACGAUCCAGUGAUCAGAGAGGUUGGGCUGCAUUUACAGGCACAUAUAAUAUCUCAUAAGCAGAGGUUGGGUUGCUACAAGCUGAAAUUCGAAAGGAUAAAAAGGCAAAUGGGGGCUGCGCAUUGAAUUUGGUGGAGCAGCUGAGGGGAGUUGCUGCGUUGAAAACCACCCCCCCACUUACUGUAGAUUUGUUGGAGAGCGUUCUACUUACCACCAUCACCCGUAGACACACAUAUAUGCGCCCAGCUCUUCCUGUUAAUUGUACAGGACAAACCAUGACUGCAUCAGUUGAAGAUUCUGCUGUGCACAAGAAAGCCAUCCAGGAGAUAGGCAUGGAAGAGGACGAGGAUCUAUUUGAGAUUGAUCUGGACGCAGUGAACGCGAUCCCACCACCUCACUAUUGGGAAAGUUACAAUACUUCCACUGGCAAUGCACUUCUCGCCAAUUGUUUGCUUCCCAUUUCUGAUAUCUCUGUUGCUGUUCCGGCCGCAAGUUCAGUGUGUGUGGCAGCGACAACUGAAGUUCUUGGAGAUGUUACAGAGCCUGUGUCGCUGGGGGAAUAUCUUAGGUUGCCAUUCUUGGGAGCUUUUGAACUUCUUAAUCAGAAAAUGCAAGCACAACCACCCUUCGUGAUUCAUUAUCAUUGAUCUUGAUAUGUCACCGUACCGUGUUAUGCCACUGAGCAGCUAGUGGCAAAAUCUCCAUCUCUUCCUUGCUUUGAUUUUGUUGUGUUAUCGUAGUAAAAAAUUUCUCUGUUCUGUUGGGCAUGGAAGUUGAGUCACCAUACACUGUAAGAGUUUAGGUAAAUUCCUCAAUCAAAUACAUACGGAUACAGAUUACCAUGAUCAUGGGUUUAA